GGUUUUGUUUUGGUGUGUGAAGGGGAGUUGCUGGGAGAAAAUGUUGAACCAAUAUAUUCAAGAACUGGAGCAGGAUCCAUUUGAUGGCGAGGAGUUUGUUGAGAGACUAGCAUGGAGAGUCAAUGCUAGUGUGUCUCCUCCAGGCAGUACAGAGAGUGUCUUUAACCCUGACCUGCUCCAUGAAGCCUUCACACAAGCUAUUAAGGACCUGCAGGUGCUAGAUGAGAGAACUGCUAAGAAGUGUGAACGUGUGGAGGCGGAGGUUCGAGAAGAGGAGGUCCGGCAUUGGCAUAAUGUAGCACAACUCUUAGACAACAACAAGGAAGCCUUCCAGAGCUUUCAAGAUCUAGACAGUCACAUCAAUAGUGUAGCAACAAAGGUUGUUCAUCUUGGUGACCAACUAGAAAGUGUCAACACGCCAAGAUCUCGUGCAGUCGAGGCACAGCGUCUUAUGAACCACUUCAGGGAAUUUCUCUUGCCUGGUCCUCUGGUUUCAGAAGUAUUCACUGACAAAACAAAGAUAUACGAGGCAGCAGAUGUCAUUCAGAAGCUACACCUAAUAGCACAGGAGCUCCCAUCUGGCAAGUUUGAGAAUGCCAAGCAAAAGAUUGCUGAGAAGUAUGACGAGAUUGAACGUUCUCUUAUUAUGGAGUUUGUCAAGGCUCACCGGGCAGGGGAUAAGGACCGGAUGAAGGAGAUCGCCACUACUCUGUCACACUUUAAGGGUUAUUCACAGUGUGUUGAUGCCUUCAUUGAAGAGGCACAACAUGGUGCCCUACGUUCCCGAGACCUCUACAUGGAGGUGGUGCCACUCUGCCAUCGGUCGGAGGUUCUUAUACGGGAAGUGUUCACAAAUCCAGAGCAGGUCAUGGGAAAGUUUGUUCUCAACAUAUUCCAAGGACAGUUACAAGAAUACAUCCAGGUGAGGCUUGACAAUAAGAGUGUGCCAGAAGUGUACUUGAAAAACCUACACGAGUUAUACUGCCAGACCCUCAAGCUGUGUACGGAUCUACAGCGCUUCAACCUGGGUAAUGACUCACAGUUUCUGUCCAAACUCACCAAGUCCAUCUUUCAGCGACACCUACACUCAUAUAUCAGUGUGGAGACCAGAUAUUUAAGAGAGAAAUUCAAUAUGAUCUUGAAUCGCUACUAUGAAAGCAAAGGUCAUCAGAAGAAAAAUAUACAGUCUGGAGGUAUUAAUGACAUUCGACGGAAUAUCCAGGACGUGAUUGGCACCAAAGCUAACAUCAACAUUGGACCUGCUGUAGAAAAUUAUGGUGGAGAAACGUUUUUGUCUGAGGAGGUUGCAAUCUCAUUGCUUCAAGAGACCAAGCAGGCUUUUAAGAGAUGCCAAAUGUUGUCCACACAGUCAGACGUCCACAAUAAUGCAGUGCAGGUAUUUGAUCUUCUCACAAAGGCUCUACUGAUUGAACAUGUUGACUAUGCAAUAGAACUUGGGCUGCAAGUCAUUCCUGGAGGUGAGGUUCGGACACAUCCAGAGAUCAGUUUCUUCGAGGUGCUUCACCAGAGCAGCUCCAUGAUGAACCUUCUUGACAAGUUAUUUAGUGACACACUUGUCCCUCUAGUUAUCUCUACACCCAAACAUGGAGAUUGCUUGCAAAAGAAGAAACAGUUAGGAACAAACUUGGAGCAGAAGUUGGACCAUGGGCUGGACCGUACCUUAUCAGCCAUAGUCAGCUAUGUUCGACAUGUGUUGACAGUUGAACAGAAGAGGACAGAUUUCAAGCCUGAAAAUGAUGACAUGCUCAUAACAAAUGUUACAGUGGCUUGUCAGAAAGUUGUACGAUAUGUGAGUGGAAUAGCUGAGCGUAUACGGGACUCCCUGGACGGUCAUAACUUGGAGAGUGUACUCCUAGAGCUUGGCCUUAGACUUCACCGGACUAUUCUUGAUCACCUCAUGAAGUUUGAGUACAGUGCAACAGGAGCAAUGGCUGUAAUCUGUGAUGUGAAUGAAUAUAGAAAGUGUGUAGCCAGUUUUAAGGUGCCGCAAGUGAACUCCCUCUUUGAUACUCUUCACACCCUUUGUAAACUUCUCCAAGUCUCUCCUGAGAACCUCAAAAUGGUUUGCUCAGGAGAUCAGUUGAGUGGUCUCGAUCGCAACGUCCUCGCAAGUUUCAUCCCAUUACGCUCCGACUAUAAAACGGCAAAACUUGGUAAUCAACUCAAGUAGAUGGCCACGUGAAGAACGGUAUCUUGAACUGUUGUUUUGGAGAUCCACUACAGCAUCUUUAUAUAUGGUUUUGAUUCUCAUCAAGUUACUUUAAGUGGCUUUAAUUAUGUUAGACCUUAGUUCUAAGCUUUAAAAUUAGGCUGUGGCUACAACCCAGGUCAUGCUUUCAAAUAAUUUUGGCUACAGAACUGGAUAUACCUGGCAUGUGUACAGUUUAACCAUUUAUGAUAGAAGACUCAAACCAACAAGGACUGACUUAUCCAACCUAAGUCUUAACCCUUUCACAGCUGGGGGUUACUCUAAGCUGAAUAAAAUCGUCUGGCGGUAGCCAGAAUAAAAUGGCAAGUGCGUGAAAUGCAGCGAAAGGGUUAAGUUAGGUUUGACUUAUGUUCUCAUGCUUGUUGUGGCUUACAGUACAUAAAUAUUAUUACAGUAUGAGGAAGUGGGCCUUUUGCACACAAAUGCCAUUUAUUUUGUACACAGGCUGUGAGCAUACAAGUAUUCAGUUGUUUAGCAAAAAUGGAAGUGAGAGUUGGACCCAUGGUGGAAGUCUCUUUCCUAAAGAUAUUAAGUCUUCUAAAACUCUUUCCAGGUCACAUUAAAUUUAAGGCUUAUGAAUCUAAUGCAGAUUGGUUUUUGAACUGUAUUGAUCACAUUCCUUACAGCUAGUUAAUAUUAUCUGCUGGGAUGGUCAGUACAUGUAUAUAUGCAUAUAGAUAUACAGCACUGUUAUACAGGGGGCCCCUCAAAUUUGCCUGGGAUAUGUUCUCAAAAUGGCUGCGAAUCGCCAAAUCCGCUAAUAACAUUUGUGGACUAGGAGGGGAGGGUAUAUUUUUACUUGUGUACAAAGAAAUGUAUACCCUGUAUUCCCUCUAUGUGUUUGCCCUUAGGACAAUUAUUUCUUUUCCCUGUAUUGUAUAUAUAUGUGUGUGUGU